UCCUUCUCUCCGGCAGCUCCUUUGAAAACCAAGAUGAGCCACACUGCAGCUGAGAAGUCCGUGAUGGGCAUGAUCGACCUCUUCCACAAAUACGUCAAGCCCGAUGACACGAUCGACAAGCCGGGCCUGCUGACGAUGCUGAAGGAGAACUUCCCCAACUUCCUCGAGGCCUCUGACAACAAGGGCAAAGAUUACUUGUCCCAUAUCUUUGAGGACAAAGACAAGAAUGGGGAUAAGAAGAUUCAGUUUUCCGAGUUUCUGUCGGUGGUGGGGGACAUCGCCACGGACUACCACAAUCAGAGCCACAAAGCGGCCGCCAGUUCUGGGGGACGCCAGUGA